AUGAGUGGAAAGGGCUCAGUGUGUGAUGAAACACCACAGCAUGCUUCACACAGAGAAAGUCAGGAUGAGGACCCAGAGUUCACUGCAUUGACCAAACGCUCUGUGAAACCCACUUGGAAGGUUAAAGAGAACUAUGAAUCCAUGAGAACUGAACUAGCAACCAGUUUGAAGCAGAUUUGGGAUAAAAUCCUCACCCACAUUGAUGUGAUUUCAUGUCCCAGCCAUGAGGUACUGCAACUAGAGGGCGCCAUAAAGCAUCUCUCUGCUUCAUACGAACUGUACCAGACUACAAGCAACAAAUAUAAAACUAUUCUGCAAAGCAUCAACACUGAGGAGUCCUUAGAGCAACUUAACAAUGCCCAGCUUCUUAAUGAGGAAAGAGAAAGCUUUAUCCAGCGAACUAAAGCAAAGGCAGAAGCAAAAUUAUUGCUGCCACGGGACACUGUAUCCCACAAAUCUGUAUCCACCAGACGUUCUAAAGGUUCCUCUAGAUCCCGAAGUUCAAGGCACUCAACGCUUAGUGAACAGCUAAUGAAUGCCCGCGCCGAAGCAGAGGCUAUCAAGAUACGGGCCGCAUAUGCAAAAAAGAGAGCAGACAUGGAGGCCGAGGUUGCAGUAAUGGAAGCCGAGGCAGCGCAUCAAAAGGCAGCAAUAGAAGCUCAAACGGCACGUCAAAGGGCAGCAAUUGAAGCUUUAAAGGAACAGAGCAACUACGAGGCAGCUGCAGCAAAACUAAAGGUUUUGGAACAAGCUAUCGGUGCAGAUGAAAAUGCUAGCGAAAGGGUCAGCGUCAAGGCAGAUGUAGAAGAUCCUUUUGAACGCACUAAGAACUAUGUUCUAAACCACAGCAGUGAACACUCAAUUACCUCCACGUUUCACGGCAACGCAAGGACUUCACCACAUCAUCAGGUAAAAGCCGUUCCAGCCACUUCCUACAUGCAAACCCACCCCAGUGCAGCUCCCGACUGUCAUGCUGAUCCCGCAUAUGUCACAAAACGGCACACUAAUCCGCAAGCAAGUCGCCAGCCUCCUGCUAACAGUACUGUUCCAGACCUUCACCCAACAAUUCAGCUGAAUGCCCUUGCUGCACCAUAUCUUCCCACGUCUCUUUGCAACGAUACCAUAAACAAUGCAAUCCACAACAAUCAACCAGCAACCUCCUAUGUAAAGUCAGAGGCAACCGAUACAACAGAGGUAGUAAAGUACUUACUUCGACAUGAGCUCGCCAAGUCAGGCCUAGUAAACUUCGACGACCAUCCUGAAAAUUAUAGAAGCUGGAAAGCCGCUUUCAAAACUACAUUAGGCGGUAUCGGUUUUACUGCCGAUCGUGAGCUGGAUCUGCUGAUCGGGUUGCUUGGCCCACAGUCAACAGAACGUGUCAAGAGCCUCAGGUCAGUUUACAUCGACAAUCCAACUGCAGGUCUCACCGCAGCAUGGGAGCGUCUAGAACAGACUUACGGUAGUCCUGAAGCCAUAGAGAAUGCAUUGCUCAAACGAUUGGAAAAUUUCCCAAGGAUAUCUGGUAAGGACAAUAUAGAGUUCCAGAGACUCAGCGACCUUCUUCUCGAAGUCCAGCUUGCCAAAACUGACCCUAAGCUACCUGGCCUCAGUUACCUGGACACUGCUCGAGGAGUUAACCCUAUCGUUUGCAAGCUUCCGCAUGGCCUACAAGAAAAGUGGAUCCAAGUUGGGUCAUCAUACAAACGGGAAAACAAGGUUUCCUUUCCCCCGUUCUCCUACUUCUGCAAUUUCGUCAGGAACAUUGCUGACACCAAGAACGAUCCUAGUUUUGCAUUCAGCGAGUUCAAUACUCCCUCACCUAAAGGUGACAACCUACAUACUAGCUACAGGAACCGCAGAGGUCCCGUGUCCGUUAGGAAGACAGACAUUAUUCCCACUCCCGCCCCAAACAAGAGCGGCAAGAUCGAAAACCCAAACCGAUUAUGUCCCAUCCACAAGAAGCCUCAUCCCCUCAAAAAAUGUAUCGGUUUCAGAAAGAAGCCCCUACAAGAACGAAAGGAACUCCUAAAGACUUUUGGGGUAUGUUAUAGAUGCUGUGCUUCCACCGAUCACUUUGCCAAGGAAUGUAAAACUCCUAUCAAGUGCAUAGAGUGCGGUUCCGAGGACCAUGUGCAAGCACUCCAUCCCCUUGAGUCCAAUCCUUCACAACAUGCAGACCUUCCUCCUGGGCAGAACCACAGCGGGAAGAGUACAGAUCACGUACCUAAUUCCACCAUGGUAUUUUCUUCGUGCACUGUAGUCUGUGGGGAAGACCACUGUGACAAAUCUUGCGCUAAAAUAUGCCUAGUGAAUAUUCAUCACAAGGAUCAGCCAGAAAAGACUUUAAGGGUGUAUGCUAUCUUAGACGAUCAAAGCAAUCGAUCGCUUGCACGAUCCGAACUGUUCGAUCUAUUUUGCACAAAACGAGAGGUUCACCCUUACACCUUAGGCACUUGUAGUGGAACUACAGAGGUUUUUGGAAGAAGGGCUCAUGGAUUUAUUGUGUCCUCCCUAGAAAAUAACCUACAAUUACCCUUACCUACACUUGUAGAGUGUAACCAGAUACCAGCCAACAAAGAAGAAAUACCUACACCAGAAGUUGCCUUCUACCACCCUCAUCUAAGGUCAAUAGCCAGUGAAAUCCCACCACUUGACAAAGAUGCUAAAAUCCUUCUUCUGCUGGGAAGAGAUAUUCUAAGGAUCCACAAGACAAAUGUAUUGCCAAAUGGUCGUAAUACUCACUUUGAGCCAUGCCCACAUCACUACUGGGUGAAGGAGAAGGUAACUAGCUGCAAGUUGCAACAUCGCAACACAAACCUUUCCCGCACCUACGAUGACAGCUUUGGUUCUACAGUUUUCAAUGUAAGCAGUGAAGAUGACAAGUUGGCUCCUUCGGCAGAAGACAAAGAAUUCCUUAAAGUAAUGGACAAUGAGUUCUUUCAGGAAGAUUCCAAUGGCUGGGUAGCACCCCUACCCUUUCGCCUCCCGAGAGAGAAGCUACCAAACAAUCUACAUCAAGCAGUCAAAAGAUUCUCCUCCUUAAAGCGUACCUUAAGCAGGAAGCCAGAGAUGGAAAGACAUUUUGUGGACUUCAUACAGAAUAUCUUUGACAGAGGUCAUGCCGAACCCGCACCCCCAUUGAAAGAAGGAGAAGAAUGCUGGUACCUCCCUUCCUUCGGUGUGUAUCACCCACGAAAGCCAGACCAAAUCAGAGUUGUCUUUGACUCCAGUGCCCAACAUGAAGGCUUCUCACUUAACGACAUGCUCCUCACAGGGCCCAACUUGAACAACAACCUCAUUGGAGUCCUAAUUCGCUUUCGUCAAGAACCUGUAGCGGUGAUGGCCGACAUUCAACAAAUGUUCCACUGCUUCAUCGUCAAGGAAGAUAACAGGAAUUACCUCAGGUUUCUAUGGCACAAGGACAACGACAUCAACAAAGAGGUAAUUGAUUACCGAAUGAGGGUACAUGUCUUUGGGAACAGCCCUUCCCCAGCUGUAGCAAUCUAUGGACUAAAAAAGACAGCUCAGCUUGGAGAAGCUGAGUAUGGAUCCGAUGCUCGUCAAUUUGUUGAAAGGAACUUUUACGUAGAUGACGGGCUCAAAUCCUUUCCUACUGCUAAAGAAGCAAUUAAUCUUCUUACCAGAACAAAAGAGAUGCUAGCUGUAGCAAACUUGAGACUUCACAAAAUUAUAUCUAACAGCCAAGAGCUAAUGAAUGCAUUUCACCCUGAGGACUAUGCUGCCAGUGUGAAAGACCUUGACCUUGGGUCAGACACACCCCCUAUGCAGAGAAGUCUAGGUCUGCUGUGGAACAUCAAAGUAGACACAUUCACCUUCCAGGUGUCAACCUGUGACAAACCCUUCACCAAGAGAGGAGUCUUGUCCGUAGUGAACAGCAUCUACGACCCACUGGGAUUUAUAGCCCCAGUCACCAUCCAAGGUAAGAUGUUAUUAAGACAGCUUACUACUGAUAACAUAGAUUGGGACACUCCGUUACCUAUUGAGAAACAACAAAGAUGGGAGAAAUGGAGAGGUUCUCUGAAGACAUUAGAACAGCUUCAAAUUCCACGUUGCUAUGCCCCAGUUUCCAUCUCAGCCGCUGUCCAGAGGGAAAUCCAUAUUUUCUCUGAUGCAUCAGUUGAAGCUAUAGCUGCAGUGGCCUAUUUGAAGACCUCAGGAGUUAAUGGAGUCAUACACUGCAACUUUGUUCUAGGCAAGACAAAGCUAACACCAAAACCCGCACAUACCAUACCCAGACUUGAACUUUGUGCAGCUGUGCUAGCAGUGGAAAUAGCUGAAGUCAUAAAGAGUGAGAUGGACAUUAACAUUGAUUCCUUCACAUUUUACACAGACAGCAAGAUAGUGCUUGGUUACAUUUACAACCAAACUAAACAGUUUUACGUGUACGUCAGCAAUAGAGUAGAACGUAUCAGAAGGUUCUCCUUGCCAAAGCAAUGGCACCAUAUUCCCACUGACCUUAAUCCUGCCGAUUGUGGGACAAGAGCUAUAUCUCCAGUAGCUCUCCUCGACUGCUUGUGGCUGUCGCCUCCAAGAUUUCUUUCUGAAAACUCCUACUCAAUUCCCACGGACACUACCUAUGAACUGGUACAUCCUGACGAUGAUAAAGAAAUCAGGUCUAUGUACACCACACUGUGUACCUCUGCGAGUUCAGAACAAAAACUAAAGUCGCAUCGUUUUGAACGUUUCUCAACCUGGUCAUCAGCUGUUAGGACCGUUGCUUAUUUGAUACACAUUGCCCAUUGUUUUAAAAGGAGCUCAACUUCAGAAUGUCAUGGCUGGCAUAUCUGUACCAACCUUCCUACUGCAACGGAAAUUGAGCAGGCGGAAAGGGUUAUCAUUCGCUGUGUACAACAAGAAGUGUACAUGGAAGAGUUGCACAGAUUCAAAGGUGGAAUACCUCUAUCAAAGGGUAGUUCACUAUUUAAUCUGAACCCUGUAGUCGAUGACAAUCAGUUGCUACGAGUUGGAGCCUGUAAAGAACUUCAACUAGACAAUUUCUUAGCAAACAAUGGAUGUACUUGGCUGUUUAAUUCACCACAUUCUUCGCAUAUGGGAGGAUCCUGGGAGCGAAUGAUUGGAAUCGCUCGAAGAAUUCUCGAUUCCAUGUUGCAGGACCACAAGUCUUCACUAUUUACUCACGAGACUUUGAGUACCUUUCUCUCAGAAGUAUCCGCCAUCAUUAAUGCAAGGCCUCUAGUACCAGUAUCUUCCGAUCCUGAUGCUCCAAUGAUCCUUACCCCAGCCACACUCCUUACUCAGAAGGUUGGAACUACCGUGAUAUCUUCUGCCGAGAUUGACCCGAAGGAUAUCUAUAGGCGUCAAUGGAAACGGGUGCAACACCUAGCCAAUGUGUUUUGGCACCGCUGGAGAAAGGAGUACCUGCAUACCCUUCAAAGCCGUUCCAAAUGGCAAACACCCAAGCCUAACCUCAAAGUAGGAGACCUUGUUCUUCUGAAAGAUAGAGAAGUCUGUCGCAAUGAGUGGCCUAUGGGUCUUGUAACAAGCGUAAUGCCCAGCGAUGACGGAAAGGUUCGAAAGGUUGAAAUUAAGAUAACUAAAGGAGGUUCUGCUCGGACUUUCUCACGACCAAUCACGGAAUUGGUGCUUCUUCUCCCAAGUGAGUGACUUAGGCAGGAGUACCGGCUAUACCUGUUAUGGCGGGGAGAAUAUCACUAUCACUAUUGACUGUGCUACUGUUGAAGUCCCACGAUUACAAACGAUAGACCGCAGGACUCAAGCCAUCUGUUUUUUGGACGUCAUGUUUCAUUGUUCAUUUACUGCAUACCUUCUUGUGUUUGCGGGUAUCUCGUAUC